UACUUGGGUCGUACGCGUGGCCGCCGAUGGUAGCAGCGCCGACCGAGCUCUUGGAAUAACGCCGGCUGCCCGAAGUUUCACCCGCCGAUUUCUCUUGCGCUUCUUCGUCAGUGGAGAGAUUUCGGGAGGAGAAGCUCUCGUGACGAGAUUUAGUUUUGUUUUUUAUGGUGACAUCUUCCGUGAUGUGCGUGAUGUGACGACUACUUGGAGUGGGUGCGACCCGUUGAAUGUUGUCUCGUCUGCUUUCGUGAUUUUGGUCACCGCACUGUUGUUGACGCCUACCUUUUUUUCUUUUUUUCUUCUUCUUGUUUUGAGUGGCCUCGUGCUCGCGAUCAACUAGUUCUCAACGGCAUCCACGUGAUUGCGGCUACUUUGUUUUCUUCUGUUCUUUUGGUUUUGGGGGUGGUGUUCCUCACCUCGAGUGUGUUUCCCGGUGUGCGUGGAUUUGUUGCUCGGUGUGAUCCCGUGGACUGUCGGAAUCGUCUGGCAAGACUUUUUCAUCAACGGUGUCCCGUCACGACGUUGGCUCUGCUCUAUCAUGUGCAAGUUCAUGUGAAGAUCUCGUGGAAUACCGCCGGCCCGACGAGACUGCACUAAGCAGCGGCGGCAUCAGCGGCGGCGCUGGCAACCCCUGCAGCCAUGCGUCCCUCAUCCGGGUCCUUGUGGAUACUGAGCGCGCUCCUGCUCGGCCUAGCGUCGCUGACGUCUUCAGCCAGGCGCGGGGUUUCGCUGCCCAACUAUUCCAUAAAGCCACCCCAGUUAGGCAGAGAACGGAUCCGGUACACGACGGAAUACACGUGCGAGGGCCGGGAACUGAGCAUCUCCUGCCCGGACAACUACCAGAUCCACCUGGUGCGGGCAAACUACGGCCGCCUGAGCAUCGGCAUCUGCAACGACUAUGGCCGCCUGGACUGGAGCGUCAACUGCAUGUCCUACAAGUCGUUCCUCAUCAUGCAGGACAGGUGCGCACACAAGUCCAGUUGUGGUACGCACGUCUCCAGCACCUUAUUUGGAGAUCCCUGUCCAGGCACGCUCAAGUACCUGGAAAUGCAGUACCACUGCGUCCUCGCUACGACGGCUCCCACGCCAUCUGGCGGCGGGAAGGAUCAUCAGAGGGCGCCACUGCACGGUCCUGCAGUCGCAAACUCAACGUCGUCUCCAACGCAACUCGGAGGAUCUCGGGAUUGGGCCACGCCUGCCCCUGGUGCAGCAGGUGGACAGAGGCCCGAACCUGAGGCGUCCAUGCCAACAACGUCAAAACAUCCUGGCUCGACGUCCACAACGACGACCUCCACGUCGUCUCCACCACCGUCCCAGUCGACCUCACCUACGACGUCCUUUCGGCCGGACCUGAGGACGGAGGGUGUCCCUACGUCCGACCCCGACGUGAACCAGUACCCGUCCAGGGUCUCCCGUCCGACCUGGCAGGAGCUGACGCCGCGCAGCACCAUGCCACCAGCAGAACCAACGGAGGACUUAUCCACGGUUUCUCUGGAGCUUCCCGGGUCCAGCGAGGAGUACUGUGCUCCGAUCUACUCCAGGGAGCUCUACUGGAAUUGGACUAGGGCCGGAAACACGGCGGUGCAGAAGUGCCCAGGGGGCGCCACUGGUGUGGCGAAGUGGCGCUGCAGCCGCGGCGGACUGCGUUGGACACCGGACAAGCCCGACCUGCGCCUGUGCCGCUCGCUCUGGGUCGAGAACCUCCGAGAACGGCUGGAGAGCGGCGAGUCCAUCAUCAGCGUGGCCAUCGACCUGUCGCUGAUGACCCAGACCAAGUCGCUGUUCAGCCAAGACGUCAAGCACAUUGCUGCCAUCGUCCAGCAGAUGCUCUCCAAGGCGGUCAGCAGCAUGGAGACCUUUCUGGACGCCUGGCAUCGGGAACAGGUCUUCAAAGAGCUUCUAGACGCCAUCUCGGAGACCGCCAGCAACCUGCUGGAAGCCAAGCAGCGAGCGGCCUGGCACGACCUGAGCUCCGUCGACCAGAAGCAAGUUCUGACGAUGCUGAUGGCUGCGCUGGAAGAGAGUGCUUUGCUGUUGGCCGAUUCGUUCUCCACAGAGUCGUUCUUUCCCGUCGUCAAAUCCAACAUACUGCUCUCCGUGAAGGUGAUUGAUUCAAGGUGGACGAUGAACAUCCAGUUUCCAUCACCCAGCGAAACCCAAAGCAUACCGUGGUCUGGCAUGCAAGACUCCAUGCUUUUGCCUGUAGAGUCAAUAGCACAGUUUUCUAAGCAUGGUCUCGGAAAAGUCGUCUUCAUAGCGUACAAAGGCGUGGAGGACUUUCUCAGGCCCGAGCCAAUGGUUCGACAAGGAAUGGAUGGCUAUGGACCGGAGGAAGGCUACAGCGAGCGGUCCAGUGUUCUCUUCAACUCUGGGACGCAUGUUGUAAACUCCCGAGUGGUCGCUGCCUCUGUGGGCAGGCAUCGGAACAGUCAUCUUCCUCAACCCAUCACGGUCACUCUGAAGCACAUACAGGAACAGAACGUCACCAACCCCCAGUGUGUCUUCUGGAAUUAUGACAUGCAAACGUGGUCUACCGAGGGCUGCUGGGUUCACAUGUACAACUCAACCCACACAACCUGUGCCUGCGACCACCUCACCAACUUCGCAGUCCUCAUGGAAGUUCAGCCAUUUCAGGCUUACAGUUCUGAUCCGAGGACACUCAAGGUGAUCACAACAGUGGGUUGUGUCCUGGGAAUCAUUUUCCUUCUGCUAACCAUUGUGCUCCUGCACAUCCUCAGUUUUAAGAAGAACGACAGACUUUGGAUCCAUCGCAACCUGACACUGUGCCUGCUCGUCUCCGAGUUUGUGUUCAUCGGCGGCAUCGGGCAGACGCACUUGCCUGUGCUCUGCGGUGUUGUGGCGGGGCUCCUGCACUACUUCCUCCUGGUCGCCUUUGCGUGGAUGUUUCUCGAAGGCUUCCAGAUCUACACGGUCCUCGUGGAGCCCCUGGACACCCACCGGUCCCGUCUCUGGUGGUACUGCGCCCUGGCCUACAUAGCACCUGCUGUCGUGGUGUCCGUGGCAGCCGUCAUCGACCCCUACAGCUUCGGGACGCCCAGCUACUGCUGGCUCGAGGCUCAGAACUACUUCAUCUUCAGUUUCGUGGGACCCUGCGUGGGAGUCGUCUUUGGGUGCAUCAUUUUUCUCUGCAUUGCUGCUUGUGUGCUGUGUCAUCAGGGCAGCACCACCACAGCUGUCAAGUGCAAGGAAGAAGCUAAGCUUAGGAAAAUUAGGAAUGACAUGUGGUGGGCCGUGUUCCUCGUGGCGGUGAUGUCGCUCACAUGGGGUGCCGGCAUCCUUUACGUUGUCAAGUACACCGCACUACUCGCCUAUUUAUUCUGCAUACUUAAUAGCCUGCAGGGAGUGUUCCUGCUCCUGUUCUGCUGCUGGAAAAAUGAAGUGGUUCAAGACGAAGUGCGCCGUCUGCUGAAAAAUGUAACCUGGCUACCAGAGUGCCUCCGCGGUGCCUCAGGCACUGAGGACCCCACGCCGCACGUGCUAUCCAAUGGCACUGCAGCCCAGCUCAGUGUGGGUACCCCCCCCAUACUACCCCCCUCUGUAUCCUCUAUUGCGCCAGGUUGUGCAGCAGUCAUGGAACUCACAGGACAAAAAUUCUACAGUUACCCCAAGGUUCACCAUACCAGGUCACCAAUCUAUGGACAGGGCCACCAACAACAACCCUCAAAACCUGACACCCGCUUCUCCAGAUGCUAACGUCAGAUCCCCCGCCGACCAGAACCACACGACCAACACGCUGGGCCAGCUGUCCGGGACGCUUCACCGCAGCUCGGCCAGCAACAACAUCAGCGCCAUCAACAGCCUCGAACAGCAACAGCAGCUGCUGCAACAACAGCAGCAGCAGCAACAGCAGCAACACCUCUUGAAGACGCAGCGCACCCUGAGCCACCCGAAAGGAGCGGCGACGAACCAGAACGGGCCGCUUCAUCGCACAUGGGCGCAGAGCCGAAGACCCAGCCACGGCCACUACUCGGACUCGUCGAGCGUGUACAGCGCCUUCGCGGACCACAUCUACGAGUCGAUCGACGGCGACUCCUCAUCGGUCGACCGACUCUCAGACGUGCCACCGCCGCCGGCGCCCCCGCAAGUCGAGACCUUCUAUGGUGACCUGUCGGACCUCAGCCAGCACUCCUCCUCAAGCUACGGCUACGACCAGCGGCCACUCCUCAUCGCGCCGCUGCCCGGAAAGUUCCCCGCGACGCCGCUGGCGCACGUCAUGCACGGCUUCUCGAGGGACUACUCCGGGUCGCCAGAGUUGCCGAGGUAUGCUGGCGACCGCCUAUACGGCUCGGGGCGCCGGAAGCACGACGUCGUUUACGGCGGGAACGCGUACUCGCCGAAGCUGCUGUACGAGGCGGCGCUCGCGCAGCGGCUCGAAGAAGCGGCCACAAACUUUUCCCCCGACUCCGGGAUGGUGGUGGUGGGGGACGACGAGUGGGGGGGCGCCGAGUUGCCGGACUUGCUGCACUGCCCCGCGGACAGCCCUGUGGUGAUGGCUGUGCUGGACGGUGAGAAAGUGGUGAGCAGAAUUCGUCCCGAAGUGAUGAUCGCGGCGACGGCAGCGGCCGACGCGCGGCUACAGCAGCAAGUGCAACAGCAGCAGCAACAGCAGCGGUACAAUCUGAGCACGUACUGCUGACUCGGACGUAUAACGUACGAUGUUUGAAAUUGUGCAGAAGAUUCCACAACCUUCUGAAGUAAAAAAUUUCCGUGCUCGGUGAAGGAUUGCUGCACAGGAUGUGCUGGUCUCUCGGAAGUGUGGACGUGACCGUGUGGAAAAGUCAGGCGAAGGUUUUUGAGGGUCCCGUCCACGAUGAAGUGACUUUUCCGAAUUGCUGUUUUCAUUUUCCAAGAAUCCUAGGCAUCUAGUCGAAGCGCAGAGCGAAAGAAAAACGUGCUAGUCGCCAGCAAAGACGAGGACGGUGUGCCUCUUUCUCUCUGCCCGUGGCUUGUGAUCAAAGGGAGAAGAAGCGUCAGUCGGUGUAAAAAAAUUGUGACUCUUUUCUGGACCUUUUAUUUUUAUUUAAUAAGAGACUGAAUGGUGCUUUGUUCUGUGGAGUCACGUCGAGGAGACCGCCCCUUUUUCGACUUUCUCGCUGUAAGUACAAUGUAAAUUUAGACUUUCAGGGCUGUAUUUAAUCGUCCCAGUUCUUUCCAAGGAAUGGUGGCACGUGGCUGCACUAGGUGUGGCAGUCUUGUGAAUGUUUUGUACAUAUGGCUACGAGAGCUAUUUUCACAGUUUGAUAAGUCACAUGCCAAGCAAUGCUUCACCAAAUCACCCCCACUGUAUAUAACAAAAAACAAAUUUUGUUGCACCAUUUUUUUGUCAUUGUUUUCCUUGCUGACAAAUUGUGCUUGUAUUUCGUGACUAAAGUAGGGAUCAAUUAGCAUGGCUGUAUGCCUAGCUCAAAUUCUUUUUGAGGUUUGGUUAAGUGCUGGAUUUGCAUAGAGUUCGUUUGGAAAGCCUUUAGGUAUUAUGUUUAUGGAAAAUUGUCUGCGUGCAUCGACCAUCAUGUCUUAAGCGAGGAGCAAAAACUGCUCAUAUUCAUCUUAGCAAGCACAUGACAAAGGCUGUAUGCAGGAGCAAGCCCUUAGCCAUGAGUGGUAGCUCUUGCUACUCAUGCUCUAGAGUAGUGGAAGCUUGUUUUUAAACCUACAAGCUUGCACUCUAUUUAUUGAAAGCUAUCAACUAUUUUGAUUGUUCAGCCUUCUCUCACUGUGGGAACAUGGUGAGAUUAUCCAAUGCUGCCUGGAAAACUAGAGAUUGAAAGAUUUGAUCAUUGAGCUUAUUUAAUUGCAAGACCUGUGACCUAUUGCAUUGUAAACAUUUGAGCAUUGGAAAAAGUUUCUUGUAAUCUUUUCCAUUUUGAUUUUUUUAACUGUUAUUGCACUAUGCCUCUAUUCGAUUAAAUUUAUGGCAGGAGUGCAUAAAAUGCCUAAUGAAGAAAAGCUUACUUUGUUUGAGGUCAUAGUAAACUUGACAACGAAAGUGAUAAAAAGCAGCAAGCUAGUGAACUAACUCCAUAAUAAAAAAGCCAAAACUGGGAACAGAUUAAAAGAAAGGGAUAAGCACAUACACCGUCUCGAAACACAGCUAUUGAUUUUAUUUCACAUCGCCACUUUCAUACGAUCGUCUACCUUCCCUGAAUGAUACCACCCAAAGGAGGUGGGUAUCCUUCGGGAAGGGUAGACAAUAAUAUAAAGGGGACGAUGGGAACUAAAACUAGUAGCUGUGUUUUCAGACGGUCUGUUCGCUUGUCCGUUUCUUUAUCUGUUCCCAGUCUGGAGUUUGUAUUUAUUAUUUUGUAUUAUGGAGUAAACUUCAAGUGGUUUGAAGAGCCUGUUAUUCUAAAUGAAUCAUGUUUGAACUGCAAUCAUCAAAAGAAAGCAAGUGUUGGCAUAAUCAGGAAUACAGCGCUUAUCGUUUGUAAUGUGCAUCUUCUUGCAGUGUUUUUCGGCUUGAAAUUAAUCAAUCAAAAUGCAGUGUACAGAAGAUUAAAACCAGACACGGAAGGAGUCACUGACAGAAAGGUUUUGCGGGUUUCUGCGAUCAUGCUAAAGCGUUCAUAUAUAAAAAUAAGACUCUUUGUGAUACGGUUUAUGUUUAGGUUGGCAAUGGCUAGCAUGUGUAUUGGCAUGGUAAAAGAUCUUCAGCAAGCCAAAGUUAAAACAUUUUCUUGAUGUUCUUUUUUAAUUGAUCUUUUCCUAUUAGAGUGGGCUGGAACGGUGUAGUCCUGGCAAAUGGAAGCAAAAGUUUGUUACUUUCAGAAUCGAGGAUGUCUGAAACUUCUUGUACAGAAGCGUGCCAAAUAAAAAAAGUUUCAAACCUUG